AUGCCUCGAUUCUGGACUUCACCCUCCUCCUUCUGCCUUCUCUUCCUUCUGGCUUCCAGCUCUGCCUCUGAAAACGAUACUGUGGUGGUCACCAGCAGUGGUCCUAUUAGAGGCAAGUGGCUCCCAGCUGGCUCUGGCUCUGUGACCGCCUACCUGGGCAUCCCCUAUGCUGAACCCCCCAUAGGCAAACUGCGCUUCCAGAAGCCGGUUCCACAUCAGCCGUGGAGCCAGGUCUUGGAGGCCACCUCCUUUGGCAACUCUUGCCACCAGGCAAUUAUUGAUUUCCUACCUAAUUCCACCAUAUUAUUUCCCAACACACCACUUUCAGAGGACUGUCUCUUUCUCAACAUCUGGGUGCCCAACCCACAACCCGUCAAACCAGUGCCCAUCCUUCUAUGGAUCUACGGUGGGGGAUUUAUCAGUGGCACAGCCUCUUUGGAUAUGUACAAUGGGGCCUCGUUAGCAGCUACAGAGAAUGUCAUUGUGGCCUCCAUGAAUUACCGCGUGGGGACCCUGGGUUUCCUGUACCUGCCGCCAGAUGUCCCAGGAAACGCUGGCUUGUGGGACCAACAUCUGGCUCUGAAGUGGGUGAGUGAGAACGCAGCUGUGUUUGGUGGUGAUGCAGCCCAGAUAACUCUCUUUGGUGUAAGCGCUGGAGGAUCCUCAGUUGGUUUCCACCUGUUUUCACCGGCCAGCCAACCCCUUUUUGCCCGUGCUGUGCUUCAGAGUGGAGUUCCCAAUGCCCCCUGGGGUUGGCGGAAUCCUGAAGAUGCCCUAAGAGUUUCGGUAAAUGUGAGUGACCUCAUGGGGUGUCCUACAGCUAACCACAGUGCUAUGGUUAGCUGCCUACAGGGAAAGGAAGGCAAGGCAUAUUCUGACCUGGGACCUAUGUUUGCUUUGACAACCGAUGGGGAGUUCAUCCCAGACGAUCCCCAAAAGCUCCUGGAGACUGGUGGCGUUCAGGGCAAACCCAUUCUCGCUGGUGUCAGUGCUGACGAAGGGUCACAUAUGGUAUUAAUGCUAUUUCCAAGCAUCAUAGGAAACGAUUCAAUACUUACCAGGGAGCAGCUCUAUGAAGGGGUGAAUCAAACAGUAAAAAAGGGAACUAAAAAAAAUGCCAUCAAUGCCGCAAUACUGAAGUACGUCCAAGAGAGCCAUGGGCCAGAACAGUACCAAAUGGCCUUGACUCAGUUUUUAGGAGAUUACUUCUUUGUGUGUCCACUGGCUGAGUUUGCUGCAAAGGUCGGAGGAGCCGAGAGCCCAGUUUAUGUUUACUACUUCGACCACCGUUCUCCCGCUUGGCCCAAGUGGGCAGGAACACCCCACGGAGCUGAGUUGCCUUACUUGUUUGGAAUCAUGGCAUCCGAGUUGCAAACAAACCAAUCAGAGGCGGCGGUUGAGGAUGCUGAAUUGAGCCGUCGAGUGAUGCGAUACUGGGCAGACUUUGCCAGAAGCGGGUAAGGCAUUAAUCCCUCCACGUCGUAAAACAAACACUUCCUGCUUAUCUGUGUCCUAGAGGCUGCCUUUGAUCUCUGUGCAAGUCGUGAAUGUGGUUCAGCUUGAAAUGUGCGGGUAUCCCACUUCCCAGCAUGUUAUUGUUGCAAAAAUUUUGUAGAGGCAGGGUAGGAAAUGUCAGUCGAGGGGGACAGAAAGGUGAUUCUCCAGGCCUCUCUAUCCAACCAUCACGAGCCUUCCACCCCAGACCACAUCUCUCACUUGUUGGAGUCUGUCUGUCUAUCAUCCUCCUAUUAGGUGCAGGUCAAUUCUGUGUCCAGGGCAGCUGUCUACCAGCUCCAUCUGGUACGCAGGCUGUGACCCUACCUGCCCACAGACUGUCUCGCCAGAGUGGUGCAUGCUCUAGUUAUCUCCCACUUGGAUUACUGCUAUGCGCUCUAUGUGGGGCUACCUUUGAAGGUGACCCAGAAACUGCAACUAAUCUAGAAUGCAGCAGCUAGACUGGUGACUGGGAGUAGCUGCCGGGACCACAUAACACUGGUCCUGAAAGACUUACAUUGGCUCCCAGUACAUUUCUCAGCACAAUCCAAAAUGUCGGUGCUGACCUUUAAAGCCCUAAACGGCCUCGGCCCAGUAUAACUGAAGGAGCAUCUUCACCCCCAUCGCUCAGCUCAGAGGGCCUUCUGACAGUUCCCUCACUGCGAGAAGUGAGGUUACAGGGAACCAGGCAGAUGGCCUUCUUGGUGGUGGCACCCACCCUGUCCUCCCAUCAGAUGUCAAGGAAAUAAACAACAAUCUGACUUUUAGAAGACAUCUGAAGGCAGCCCUAUUUAGGGAAGUUUUUAGUGUUUGAUGUUUUAUUGUGUUUUUAAUAUUCUGUUGGGAGCCACACAGAGUGGCUGGGGAAACCCAGCCAGAUGGGUGGGGUAUAAAUUAAAAAAAACCAUCAUCAUCACCACCACCAUCUAUCUUGUAUUAUUUAUUGAUUACCUGCUCUUUACUCUCUGGUUUCUUUGUUGCCCCAACAGGAAUCCCACUGGGUCAGAGGCAAGUGAAGUGAAGUGGCCCGUCUACAAUUCCACAGAGCAGAACUUCUUUCAUAUCGGCGGAAAGGCAGCCCAGCCCAAACGGAGGUCACCUGCCUCACACUGUGGUUUUCUGGCAUCUCUUUUUUCAAAUGCAACAGAAGCAGGUGAAUUUGGGGCUCCUCUGGGAGUGGGAGGGUACGUAGUUGCUCAGCCGUGCUCCCGUUGUGACCUCCGAGACAAGGAGAUAAGUCACUACACAGCCUUUAGAAGACACCUAUAGGGAAGUUUUUAAUUUUUUAAAAAUGUUUUGUUGUGUUUCUAUAUAUAAUGGAAGCUGUGUAGAAUGGCUGGGGCAACCAAGUCAGAUGGGCAGGGAAUCAUAAUAAUAAUAAUAAUGGAAUAGGGCAUCCCAUUUUCUUUCUUUUUUUAAAUGAUAUUUAUUGAAAUUUCAGAAAGAGGAAUUACAUAAAGAAAAGGAGAAAAAAACCCAAAAAAACCAAAAACAAUAAACAGAAGUAAAAAUACAAGAAAAAUACAAAAUCCAGAAUAAAAGAAUGAAAAACACUUAAAAGAAAAAAUACAUCAAUCUUUCCAUACCUUACAUUCAUAUCCUUGUUUCCCUGACCUCCUCAUACCUCCCUUUUUUGUAUUCCAGUUCAGUUAGUUAAUUCAGCAAUUUCUUUCCUUCUUUAUUUUCUCUUAAUCCUUUAACUUAAUAUAAUAUAGCUUUGAAUUUUCACCUGUUAUCAAUCCAUUUUUUCAUACACCUUUAUAGCAUUACUGCUUAAACCACCUAACUUCAUUCUAACAUCAUUCUAACAUUCAUUAAUUUUGCAAUAUUUCUGUAAAUAGUCUUUAAAUUUCUUCCAAUCUUCUUCCACCGACUCUUCUCCCUGGUCUCGGAUUCUGCCAGUCAUUUCCGCCAAUUCCAUAUAGUCCAUCACCUUCAUGUGCCAUUCUUCCAGAGUGGGUAGAUCUUGUGUCUUCCAAUACUUUGCAAUAAGUAUUCUUGCUGCUGUUGUGGCAUACAUAAAGAAAGUUCUAUCCUUCUUUAACACCAAUUGGCCGACUAUGCCCAGGAGAAAGGCCUCUGGUUUCUUCAGAAAGGUAUAUUUAAAUACCUUUUUCAUUUUGUUAUAGAUCAUCUCCCAGAAAGCCUUAAUCCUUGGGCAUGUCCACCAAAGGUGAAAGAAUGUACCUUCAGUUUCUUUACAUUUCCAACAUUUAUUAUCGGGCAAAUGAUAGAUUUUUGCAAGCUUGACUGGGGUCAUGUACCACCUGUAUAUCAUUUUCAUAAUAUUCUCUCUUAAGGCAUUGCAUGUCGUAAACUUCAUACCUGUGGUCCAUAACUGUUCCCAGUCAGCCAUCAUUAUGUUAUGUCCAACAUCUUGUGCCCAUUUAAUCAUAGCAGAUUUCACCGUUUCAUCCUGAGUAUUUCAUUUCAACAGCAAGUUAUACAUCUUUGACAAAAUCUUAGUUUUGGGUUCUAACAGUUCUGUUUCUAGUUUUGAUUUUUCCACCUGGAAGCCAAUUUUCUUGUCCAAAUUAUAUGCCUCCAUUAUCUGAAAAUAAUGAGUGCUCUGGUCCAUGGGGUCACAAAGAGUUGGACACGACUAAAUGACUAAACAACAACAACAAUUUUUAUAAAACUUCUCUUAGGUUCCCACAACAUUCUGCUACAGGAUGCAUGGUGGCUGAACACUGCGAACCAGAAAGCCCUGUUAUCAUCACUGUAGGAGUAUUUUUUUUUUUUUAAAGUCUGGCAGAAGCAUUAUGCCUCAGCUGGAGCUUUUGAACGGGACCCAAGGGCAGCCCCAAAUGCAGCACAUUACAGUAAUCCAGCCUUGAGGUUACCAAUGCAUGGACUACAGUAGACUGGCUAUCCCUGUCCAGGAAUGGCCAUAGUUGGCAAAUCAGACAUAGCUUUUAAAAGGCACUCGUAGCUACAGAGGCCUCUAGGAGCACCCUUAUACUACUCACCUGCUUUUUUAGUGGGAGUGCAAUGCCAUCCAUAACAGGUAUCUUGCCAAUUUCUCAAACAUGGGAACCACCUACCCACAGAGCCUCCAUCUUCCCAGGUUUCAAACAAAGUUUAUUGGCUCAAGAGAGUAUGCCAGUAGAUUAAUAUGUCAAGAGACUAAUCAAAUCUUGGGUAUGAAGAUUUCGUUGACCUUCUAUUGAUCAGUUCUUUUCCUCCUCCUUUCUUUCUUUAUUUUUUAGAAAACCUUUUCUGAGG